UUGGCUAGUAAGGUGACUAAGAAGGUUUUGAUGCCCAUUUGCCAUAAAGGCAUAAAGUAAUGGGUUUUGCCACUCGUGUGUUUCGGCAAUUCCUGUUAAUCCCAUUCUUUGUCAUUGCAGCAGAGGGAACUGUUCAGGAGUUUAAUGCUAUUACGGGACUCCAGCAUGAGUGGGGCAUUAAACCUCCAAGUUGGAAUGGUUCAGAUGAUCAGAUCCUUGUGGCAACUGGGAAGGUAUUGAAUGCACCAAUUCCCAGAUUACUGCUAUGUAAGUUCGUAGUCUCCACCUUUUUUACUCAAAUCUGCCAGUUUAGUGCCCAGACAAUCCGAGAUUGUGGUGAUCAUACCAAAUUAAAAAUUGAAAAGGAGAAGACUUGCAAAAUCUUUAGCUCAGACAACGAUUCAAUUUCCCUGGAUAGUGUAAAAGAUCCCACAAAAGAAAAUAUAACUUAUAAGUAGGUGGUUCUUACCUAAUUAUACCGAGGCCUUUUGUGAUUAAAACCCCACACCUAACGGGUAACGGGUGGUUAAGUUAGGACAAUAUCGGUAUAAUGGUAGGCCAUGAGCCACACUUGUCACUAUUUAACAAAUAGCCGACCUUUCAAACCCAUGUCUGCCAAUGUUCUGAAAUAAAAAGCAGACGAAUCAGUAAAAGGAAAAUGGUGGAAGCAAGCAAUUUUGUGUCUGCCUAAUACCAUGAGCAUGGGAUACAACUCCGCUAUUCAAAAAAAGAAAAUUCACCCUUUCAAAAAAAAAAAAAAAUUAUGAGGUUAACUAGGCCUUCUUAAUUGGCUGGGGCCUAGAAUUUUUUACUAACGGUUGCAAUAUCAAUCAACUAAUCUUCUGGAUUAACUUGGUUGAGUCGUGUUGUAUUCACGUCAACAUUUACAUCAUCCCCGACAUAUCUAGGACUAAAUUAAUAAUUGUUGGCGCUGUAGUUGUUAAUUUUGAUUUGCUUCAUUUGAUUGUUUCUGAGAUGAUGACAACGUAAAGAUAAUGACUACCAAUUCAAUAUUAAGGAUUUACUAAUAACUAUCUUUCUGGGGAUGACUUAUUCAAGAUCAUCCUUCUCAUGCUGUUUCCAUUUCUGUCAUGUUCGGUAAUACCUCGGACCCUUUUUAUUUCCAACUUAUUAUAUAAUUGUUGGACCACUUGAUUCAACUAUGGAUGGUUCCGUUUGUUACAAGUUUGACCAUGGACUGUCCGGAGGUCGAUAUCUGAAAGGUUUAAAUAUGCUCCACCUGAAUUACUUCUUCCUAGAUUGUUCUACACAACAAAAGUUGGGCUGGUAAGGUGAUGAAAGAAGGUUUUGAUGCCCAUUUUCCAUAAAGUAAUGGAUCGAGCCACUCAAGUAUUACGGCUGCUCGUGUUAAUCCCAUUUUUUGUUAUUGCAGCAGAGGGAACUGUUCAGGAGUAUAAUGCUAUUAUGACACUCAGGGGCGAAUGGGGCAUAAACCCUCCAAGUUGGGUUGGUUCAGAUCCUUGUGGCAACUGGGAUGGUAUUACUUGCACCAAUUCACGGAUUACUGCUAUAACGUUGGCAGACAUGGGUUUGAAAGGCGGGCUACCUAGUGAUAUCGAGACGUUAUCUGAGCUACAGAUUCUGAAUCUGGCUUUCAACGAGGACCUGAAGGGACAACUUCAAGCAUCAAUUGGAAACUUGACCAAACUAAAAACCGUAAUCCUGGAUGGUUGCAGAUUCUCUGGUCCUAUUCCAGCUACAAUAGGAUCUUUAAAGCAACUUUCUUAUCUAUCUCUGAAAAACAAUAGAUUUAGUGGUCCAAUUCCACCCUCCAUUGGCAAUCUAGCCAAUCUUGUCUUUCUGGACAUAUCGGACAACAUGCUUGGGGAUUCCAUUCCAGUCUCUAAUGGGACUGCACCUGGUCUUGAUAUGUUAAAUAAAACAAAGCACUUUCAUUUUUCUAAUAACCAGCUCUCGGGCAGCAUUCCACCUCAACUGUUCAGCUCAAAUAUGCCUCUGAUACAUUUGAUUUUUGACAGAAAUAAUUUCACUGGCAGCAUCCCUUCCACACUUGGACUUGUGAAAACUCUGGAGGCAGUACGCCUUGAUAGAAAUUCAUUAAGUGGGUCUGUACCUACGAGCCUCAGAAAUCUUACAAAUGUGUCUGAACUGCACUUGUCCAACAAUAAGCUGACUGGCCCGGUGCCCAACCUUACUCUCAUGGAUUCCCUCAACUAUGUGGAUAUGAGCAAUAAUACUUUUGAUGCGUCAGAUAUUCCUAAUUGGUUUUCAACCUUGAAGUUCUUGACAACAUUAAUGAUGGAAAACACAGGACUUCAGGGACAAGUCCCUCAAGCCCUUUUCAGCCUUCAAAAUUUGGAGACAGUUUACAGUGAUGAUCAUAUGACCUGCUAUAGGAUACUGAAGAACAACAGUCUCAAUGGUACAUUGGAUAUUGGAACAAAUUAUGGCGACCAAUUGAACCUAAUUGAUCUGCAGAAGAACAACAUUGCUUAUCUUGCACCAAUUGAUGAGGGAUCCAACUACACAUUGAUUCUAGUUGACAAUCCAAUUUGUGAGGGGAGUCAGAAUAACAUGGCAAAGAACUACUGCAAUGUUUCUCCUCCUAAUUCCUCAAUUUCAACUACACCAAGUAAUUGUGCUGCCUGUAGUUCCGGCCAGGUUGCUUCCCCCAACUGUAAAUGUGCAUCUCCCUAUACACGGACUCUAGUCUUCUUAUUUGUUUCUUUCUCAAACUUGGAUGACGUCAAUUAUUACAAAGCUCUCUCAGACAAUCUCACAAGAUCUUUUCAGUCCAAAAACCUUCCUGUGGAUUCAGUUUCACUGAGUCAUCCGAGCUGGAGCUCAUCUUAUCAACUUGAAAUUAUCAUAGAAAUUUUCCCAUCCGGUGAUCAAGUUAGCUUCAACCAAACAGAAAGUUCAGCGAUUACAUCUGUUAUUAGCAACCAGACUCUAGAGGGACGUCCAAAUUCUUUUGGACCCUACUCUUUUCUUGUUCUUUACACCAACUCUGGAGGAUCAAACAAGGGCGUGAUAAUUGGAACGGCAAUUGGUGGUUCUGUGCUCCUUUCAUUAUUAGUCUUUGUAGGGCUUUAUGCUCUCCACCAGAAGAGAAAAGCAGAUGAGUCAUUGAGUGGAUCGAUCCUUUUGCAGACAGGGAUUUCAAAUAGCAGUGCUAGUGGUCCUCAACUAAAAGGAGCAAGAUUGUUCUCAUUUGAAGAGCUCAAGAAAUGCACCGAUGGUUUUUCGGAAGCAAAAGAUAUUGGAUCUGGGGGUUAUGGCCAGGUGUAUAAGGGAAUUCUUCCAACAGGGCAAAUGGUUGCCAUUAAAAGAGCUAAACGGGAAUCUAUGCAGGGAGGAGUUGAGUUCAAAGCCGAGGUUGAGCUCCUAUCACGAGUACAUCAUAAGAAUCUUGUUGGCCUUGUAGGUUUUUGUUUUGAGCAAGGGGAACAAAUAUUGGUAUAUGAGUAUGUUCCAAAUGGUGAUUUGAGGGACAGCCUAUCAGGGAAGUCCGGAAUCAGGUUGGACUGGAUGAGAAGACUUCAAGUAGCACUUGGUGCAGGGAGAGGUCUGGCAUAUCUUCAUGAACAUGCAAACCCAACCAUCAUACACCGGGACAUCAAAUCAAACAACAUAUUACUCGAUAAAGAUUUAAAUGCAAAAGUUGCUGAUUUUGGUCUCUCCAAGUCAAUUACUGAUAGUGGAAUGGACCACUUAUCUACUCAAGUUAAAGGGACACUGGGCUACUUGGAUCCUGAAUAUUAUAUGACUCAACAGUUGACUGACAAGAGCGACGUGUAUAGCUUUGGCGUGGUAAUGUUGGAGCUGCUAACUGCUAGAAGGCCAAUAAUGCAAGGGAAUUAUAUAGUGAGAGUGGUACAGAUGACAAUGGAUAAGUCGAAAGAUUUGUACAACCUUGAUGACAUUCUUGAUCCAUUCAUUGGUUUAGGAACAGAGCUGAAAGGUGUAGAAAUGUUUGUGGAUUUGGCAAUGUCUUGUGUAGAAGAAUUAAGGGAUAAAAGACCAAGAAUGGGGGAAGUGGUGAAACAGAUAGAGAACAUUAUACAAAUUGCUGCUUUGAACGCCGGUACUAAUCCAUUGUCAACUUCAGCAAGUUAUGAGGAAUAUGAGUGUAAGGACAGCGCCGAGGAUGUUUACAGCAGACCCUUUGAUUAUAGUGGAAGGGGUUUUUGACGGAUGAAGAUGGAAGUUUAGUGAGUAUGAUAAUUCUUUUAUAAAAUUGAACUUGGUAAAGUUUGGAAUGUUUUUAGAAUUUUAAUACCUUAAAUUGAUUUGAAUGGGGGAUUUGUGUUGAA